UUCGGACACCUUCGGCUCUUUCCGCCGACCGGAAGUGCUUCUGAGGCGACUUCCGGCCGGGCCAUGGCGCUGCUGAGGGGGCUCCGAGCGGCGGCUCUCCGCAGCCUGACCUCGCCCCCCCCAUGGCGAGGCCUGGCCGUGGAGGCCAAGAAGGCCUUUGUGAGGGACAGGCCUCACGUGAACGUGGGCACCAUCGGCCACGUGGACCACGGCAAGACCACAUUGACGGCCGCCAUUACCAAGAUCCUGGCGGCCUCGGGUAGUGCCGAAUUCCGGCCCUAUGAGGAGAUUGACAGUGCUCCUGAGGAGAGGGCCCGAGGCAUCACCAUCAAUGCGGCCCAUGUGGAGUAUGCCACAGCCAAGAGGCACUAUGCACACACCGACUGCCCCGGGCACGCCGACUACGUCAAGAACAUGAUCACGGGCACAGCUCCUCUCGACGGCUGCAUCCUGGUUGUAGCUGCCACCGAUGGGCAGAUGCCUCAGACCCGAGAGCACCUCCUGCUGGCCAAGCAGGUGGGUGUGCGACACGUUGUAGUGUAUGUGAACAAGGCUGACGCUGUGGAGGACCCAGAGGUGUUGGCUCUGGUGGAGCUGGAGCUGCGGGAGCUGCUCAGCGAGUUCGGGUUCGAUGGGGACGGGACCCCCAUUAUUGUGGGGUCGGCUCUGUGUGCACUGCAGGACCGUCAGCCGGAGCUGGGGCUACAGUCGGUGCUGAAGCUGCUGGAUGCCAUCGACACUCACAUCCCCCUCCCCCCCCGUGACCUCGAGCGACCUUUCCUGCUGCCCGUGGAGAGUGUGCACUCCAUCCCUGGCAGGGGUACAGUGGUGACAGGGACCCUGGAACGUGGAACCAUCCGCAAAGGGGACGAGUGUGAGAUCCUGGGAUACAACCGACACCUGCGUUCUGUGGUCACAGGCAUUGAGAUGUUCCACAAGAGUCUGGCUCAUGCUGAGGCUGGAGACAACCUGGGGGCUCUGCUGCGGGGGCUGCGCAGGGAGGAGCUGAGGAGGGGGAUGGUGCUGGGGGCACCUGGGAGCCUCAGCACACACCAGAGGGUGGAGGCACAGGUUUACAUCCUGAGCCCACAGGAGGGUGGACGCCACAAACCCUUCGCUGCCCAUUACACCCCAGUCAUGUUCUCCCAGACCUGGGACAUUGCCUGUCGAGUCAUCCUGCCCCCCAACAAGGAGCUGGUGAUGCCAGGGGAGGACACAGCUCUGACCCUGCUGCUUCGGGCCCCGAUGGUGUUGGAGGAGGGGCAGAGAUUCACCCUCCGCGAUGGGGCCAGAACCAUCGGCACUGGGGUCGUCACCCGCGCCCUGCCCCCACAGCCCGAGGACCAGGACGUCAGCUGGGGCUGAGUGUGGGGCCGGACCCACAAGUGGGGCCCAUAGAGAUCUAUGGGGCUGGACCCACAAGUGGGGCCCAUAGAGAUCUAUGGGGCCGGACCCACAAGUGGGGCCCAUAGAGAGAUAUGGGGCACAGACACACAGCUCUGCCCCAUAGAUCUCUAUGGGGCCCAGACACAUCUCCUGUCCCAUAGAGAUCUAUGGGGCUCAGACCCCCAUCUGCUGCCCGAUAGAGAUCUGUGGGGCUCAGACCCCUAAGUGUGCCCCAUUGACAGCUAUGGGGCCAGACCCACAAGUGGGGCCCAUUGAGAUCUAUGGGGCUCAGACCCACAACUCUGCCCCAUAUAUCUGUGGGGCUCAGACCCACAUCUGCUGCCCCAUAGAGAGCUAUGGGUCCAGACCCACAUCUCCUGCCCUAUUGAUAUCUAUGGGGCACAGACUCACAUCCUGCCCCAUUGAUAUUUAUGAGGCUCAGACACACAUCUUCUGCCCCAUAGAUCUCUAUGUGGCUCAGCCCCCCAAGUGUCUCCUAUAGAGAGAUCUAUGGGGCUCAGCCCCCCAACUCUGCCCCAUAGAGAUCUCUAUAGAGCCCAGCCCCCAUCUCCUGCCCCAUAG